AUGGUUGGUGUUGAAGGCAUGCUAUUGGUACUUUUGAUGGAGUCAUCAAUGGGUGAAGGAGUUACGGACGUUAUUGAGCUAGAAAAUGAUGUGACAGAACUGAGUCAUGAGGUUCAAAUUUUACCGGAUUACAGUGGUCUUCGUGAAGAGAAAAUACCAAGAGUUGGAUUGCAGUUUGAUUCUUUGCAACUGGCAUUGGAAUUUUAUGCGACGUAUGCAAAGAAAGUCAGUUUCGUAAGUAAGAUUAAGACCACAAUAUUUAACAGCAUAACAAAGGAAUUCAAGAAACCAAUUAACCAAUCUAUUCAUUGUAAUCGGGAGGGUUUUUGCGAGUCUUGUGUGAAAGCAGCAACACGGAAGAACACGAUUGCAGCCAUGGGAUACAGAGCAAGGAUAUAUGCGAAGUUUGAUAGAGAGAAAGAAGAUCAGGUGUUGUUGAAGGUAGAAUUGGGGCAUUCGCAUCCAUGUUGUCCUAAAAUGGCAGUGCACUACCAUGAGUAUAGAGAGCUGAUCAUGCAUGCUAAGUGUGUGAUUGAGGAUAAUGAUGAGAUUGGCAUACGACCCAAUAAGACAUACCUACCAUUGGCUAAUGAGGUUGGUGAGUUGUCUAACCUGGGUUACUCAGAAAAGGAUGUGAGAAAUUACAUUACAACCAAACUCCGGUCUACUGAUAUCAAUGCAGAUGUUAAGGAGAUUUUGAAUUACUUCAUGUGA